UCUGUGGGACACGGAGCGGAGAGAGACAUCUGGCUGCACGAGCACGAACAGGAGGAAGACGACGACGACGAUGAUGAUGAGGAUGAGGAGGAGUAUGGCUUCCUUCCUGCAGAUUCCAGAUGAUGAUAAAGGUUAUGACUUGAACCUCUUUUGUGUACCCAAACACUAUGAAGAGGAUUUGGAAAGUGUCCUCAUUCCCCAUGGACUCAUUAUGGAUAGGACGGAGUGUUUGGCCAGGAACAUAGUGGAGGACAUGGGCGGAUGCCCUGUCGUUGCUCUCUGUGUUCUCAAAGGUGCUUAUAAAUUCUUCGCAGACCUGCUAGAUUACAUCAAGGCCCUAAAUCAGAACAGCGAUCAGUCUGUACCACUGACUGUGGAUUUCAUUACCCUAAAAAGCUACCGUAAUGAGUCUACAGCUGAUGUUAAAGUUGUUGGAGAAGAAGAGUUGUCUGCACUAACAGGCAAAAAUGUUCUCAUUGUUGAGGACAUCGUUGAGACAGGAAGAACAAUGGAGACAUUGCUGUCACUAUUAAAUAAAUACAAUCCAAAGGCUGUCAAGGUUGUUAGCCUUUUGGUGAAAAGGACACCAAGAAGCUGUGGAUACAGACCGGACUACAUUGGAUUUGAAGUUCCUGAUAAAUUCCUAGUUGGAUAUGCCCUAGACUACAAUGAACACUUCAGAGACCUCAAUCAUGUCUGCAUACUCAAUGAGAAUGGAAAAGAGAAGUACAAGAAGUGAGAGGAAAACCUGAGAUGCUCAGCCAACAGGCACUUGGACCACUGAAGCUGCUGAUCGAUUUCUGUGUUUACAUGUUGUCUUUAUUUUUCUAUCUGAAAACCCUAACUUGCAGUGGCACAGAAAUGGUGGCCCCUUUUCUGAAUAAUUCUUUAGUACUUGAUAUUGUACGAUUGUAUUUUUGAAUUUAGGUACCAAAUAUGUGAAUCCAGACAAUGGCUCCUAGUUGGAUAAAUUAGGUUAUUAGACUUUAUGAAUGUGGGGGGGGGGGAACGACACUAUUUAUUUGAACGUGAAGCCUCAGGUCUCGCUGUUUUCCCAGUGAGCCAUAUAGACUAGAUUUUUAUUUUGUAUUUGACCUGAAUGACGGAAAUGUUUCGGGAUAUACUAAAUAUUCAGUGUGUCAAUGCGUUGAUCAUGUUCUGUAUUGCAAUGUCUAAUAUGAAGGCCAAACACUUUUGGGUUAUCUCAAGGAAUGUGAAGACAUAUUUUUAUUUGGUUUAUAAAGUUGUUUUAAUUCUGUUAAAACACGAUUACAGUGAAAUAAUUAAUUGCAGCAAUAAUACAUUUAAAUCUUGUU